GUCGAAACAAGUGACACCACCUGGACAAGGUGAGUGGCUGGAGUGAGCUAGUUUGGUUGACACGGGGCUGAUGAGCACAGGCAGACACAACACCAAACGAGACAAGACAUGAAGAACGAUACAGGGAAAACAUGAUGAAACAAAACUCAACCUAAUCAAAACAAAGUCAACGCAACACAGCAUAACAAAUGCUCGCUAUAAGAACAAACAAUAAAAAAUGGAUGCGUGCAGUUAGAUUUCUGUGUGCAUAAUGUCUUCCUCUCAAAGGUACAGAUGCACGCUCGUUAAUAAGGAUGGACAAAGUUUGGACUGCAUUUCAAAAGAUGAGGUACUCUGAAGGGCACCAUCUCACAUGUUUUCCUCUUAUGAGCUUGCGCCACCUCAACUGUUUUCUCUCCAAACAGCAACUAUGGCGCUUGUCAUUCGACCAAGCUGUAGCUGUGGAAAAACAUGCAGGGUUUCCAGGUGAGCUCCUACAGCCACUCACUGAUUGCACGUGUGGAGGUUACAGGGGUCACUACUCAUAGGGGGCGCGUCAAUGGAGAACAUCGGCGCUCUGAUUGAUGAUGUCAUCGUUCAACAGGUGUUAAAAAAUGUAUUGAGUCAUGUGAAAGAGGAGCUGAUUGUCUCCGUGUCUUACCUUCAGUUUCACCUGGAUGGCAAUGUAGAGGACCUCCUGAACCCUGACACACAAACUCUAGAACUUGUCCUUCAUCCGAUCCUCGGAGGUGUUAUCAGAGGUUUAGCGGAGGUGUGCGUAGGCUCUGCAGAGGAAGCCUACUCGCUCUAUAAAACAUGCAGGGAAGCACAAAAGGCCAAAGAAGAAUCCAUUUCAUCAAGAUGUAGUUGGCUUUUCACAGUUGCAGUGGAGUGGAAACUCCAAAACGAUGAAGUGGCCUUUCAACUCUGUCGUAGCAGACUGCGGGUGUUCGGUCUGGUGGGAGGAGCCAACGAGACGGACCUCAUGGGCAUCAGCCCACUGCUGAAGGUUAUGGAUCAACUCCCACGUGAGGCCGCCAAAACCGAUGCACUCUUGCACAUCCUCCUAAGCGACGCUCUCACAGGAAAUAGCAGGACGGCGCUCAUCUACUUUAUCCAACCUCAAGGCAAUUUGGAUGACGAGACGCCAUCUGCUUUAGCUUUGGCCCAAAGAGUGAAGCGUUUAGUGACGAGGCCUUCCCAAUUUUGCUGGAGUCCAAAGAAAACGGAGCAAGAGAUCCGAGGUCAUAUUAUGGGGCUGAGACAUGUGAUGAUGUCAGAUUCGGCUAAUGGGACGUAUAACAUCCACAGGCUUGCUGAGCUCAUCCAAAGCCUGCAGAUUGUGAAAGAGCAGUCGUGGGAGAAGAAAAGGGAAGAAUCACAAAGGAUUAAACUUAAGCUGUGUGGCCUCCAAAAGAUCCAAAUGGACGGUCACUUAUCUGGAGGUCACAACAUCAAUCCCGAAAAUACUUCAGACACCGUGAAAAGUUUGCAGGAAGACUUAAGGCAGGAAAUGGAGGGACAUGUAAGAGAAGGCACAGGGAGCCUGGAGAAAGUCCAGGAGAGCAUAACAAGGAUCCUGCAGUUGAUGGAGCCUCUCAGAAAGGAACCGAUUAAGAAUAUUCCUGCAGAAAAAUGUGACCUCUGUCUACAAUUAAAUGAUGAGUAUCAGUUGGAAGACUGCCAUGCAUACGAGCGUAGGAGGCAACUGAAAGAGCUCAGCGGGAGAUUAAUUCAGCAGGAGGUGGAGAAAAUACAGAGAGACUUGACGAGGGAGCAGCUUCCAGGUGAGGGCGUGCAGAGAGAGCUGCUGGUGAUGAGCAAUGAGAGACGGGUUCUGAUGCUGCAGAUGGAGGCCCUGCGAGCGGAAGCGGAGCAGGCCCGCAAGGACCUGCUGGUGCAGCGUCACAAGCAUCAAAGUGAAGUGCAACGUCUAAGAGAAGAGAGCCUGCAGGUGUUCAGGAGGUUUUAUGAAUCGAGCGAAGAUCUGAGGAGGACGUCUGAGGCCAGAUACAGAAGCGUGCUGCUAGAGGCUGUGCACGAUGCUGUUUACCUAUCUGCUCAGAACCAGCAGCUGCAGGCCAACAACAAACAACUGCGUAAAGCUCUGGGGGAGUUGAAAGAUACUCUCACUAAGUGAGGUGAGCACAAUUACCUCCCAAAAGGAACAUGUGACUAAACGUUGUAGGU